UGUGUAACGAGAUAUCUGAUUACGAAGCCUCAAAAGGUGAACGCAUUGUUAAAGCUCUGAGAAGACUUAGUGAAAAAGUUCAUCGUAUUGAACAGGUGAGACAGAUUGAAAAUCCAUCGAACUUGUUCAAAGAUGCGCACACUUCCGAUAAAGAAGAUUUAUCUCUUAAUGAUGUCCAGUAUCAGCUAGGUAUGCUGCAAAUUCAGUAUGUUAGAAGUCUCUUGAGGAAAGAAACAGUUGAAAAUUCGAAAGAAAGAUGCUACCCAGAAUCCAGGAGUAACAAUUUUAAUGAUUUUGUCGCUGAAGUUGUCAUUGAUGAUAAACAAACCCAAACAGGAAAUAGUUUGAUUCAAACAUAUUCCUUUGAUUCACCUAUUUUUGACUUACAGAGCAAAGGUAUAAAAUCAUCAACUGCUUUAAAGGCUACUGCUAGUGUCCAAACUGAAGGAGAGAACAUAAUUGAUUCAGUGUUCGAAAAAUCAAAGUUUACGAAGCUGGGUUCACAACCUCAUUACCAUCCGAAGCUGGAUGAUGUGCCUUUCCUCUUAGGAGCAUCAUCUUCUGCAAGCCAUUCUGUUAUUGCCAACUGUCAGAAUAUAUUUGCCAUGAUGAAAUCUCACAAUAAAGCUCUAUGUGGUCCAAAGCCUCGUAUCCAGCAACGAUCUAACAGUAAUCAAAGCAAAGAAGAUACUGUAGGCAGUAUGAUAAAGGAAUUGUCUGAUGAUCUGACCAACUUAAACAUGAGACACAAAAAGUUGAAAGAUAAAUUUGACUAUGCCCAGAAAAAAGAUUCCUUCUUGCAGGGUAGGAGUAUUGUCCCUGUUAAUCCAAGUUUUCUGAGCCAUACAGAGGAAAAGGACAAGAAGCACAACCAACAGGGAAGUCAGCAAAAGUUUAUUAUUCCAAACGUCAGAACUGCAUCUAGCAAACCAUCUUUAUCAACUCGACGUAAACUACUUCGAUCUUUGCAAGACUUCAAGACUCAUUUAUCUGAAGAAGAUAUCACGUGGAACUAAAAUCUUUUCUUGUGCCUGUUCCUAAUUUUCUCUUUGUAACUAUUGUACAUUCCAUUCUCUCCCUAAAGCUAAAUA